AAUCGAGUACCCUCUUGUCGUGCUGAUCCACAACUGCAAAAUUCCCCAACAGACGACCAUGAAGCUUCGGUGUCGAUCCAUGGACGCGCGCGGCGGCGUCGGCGGCGUCGCUGAGACGCACCGCGUGCAGCUGCCGGACACGGCCGUGCUCUCCGAUGUGAAGUCCUUCCUCGCCGCCAAGCUCUCCGCGGCGCAGCCCGUCCCCGCCGAGUCCAUCCGCCUCUCCCUCAACCGCUCGCAGGAGCUCCGUUCACCGGACCCCUCGGCCACCCUCGCCGCCCUCGGCCUCGCAUCCGGUGACCUCCUCUAUUUCACGCUCUCCGCAGAGUUAUUAUCGCAGCCACCGCCUCCUGAAAUCCUUCCCCGGAACCCUAGCCCGGUUACAGCCUCGAUCGGGCAAAUUGCUUCCGGUUCCAAAUCUCCUGGGGUGGCCGGUGGAUCCUCGUCACUGCCUCAAAAUCUACACAUACAGCCCGCCUCUUCAUCGCUGCCGCAAAAUCUACACAUAGAGCCUAUCUGUUCGUCGAGGCCGCGAACCCUCCACGUGGAACCUAGUUUGCCCGUGGCAUCUGAUCCGCCCGAUGUGGUGAUGGCGGAGGCCGUCCAGGCGCCCAAGAGCUUGUCGAGCCUUGUGAUUGGGAUUCUCAAGCGGCAGAUGGAGGCGGAGAAUGCUGGGGGCGCAAAUGGUACUGUUAUCCAUCGCCUAGCUGUGUCCCUUCAGGCAGCUCUGGUCGAUGCUGGCUUCCUUGCGGAGAAUCCGAUGGGGUCUCGCCUCGGAUUGCUGAAGGACUGGGCCUCGGGUGCAGCGGCAACACUGACCGUAAAAUACACCUUACCGGAGCUUGUCGCCAUGCUACCCGAGGGUGAAGAGGGGAAGACAGUGGUUUUGAACUGCUCAUUGAUGCCGAAUUUUGUGAUGAUAUAUGGGUGUGUGCCCGGGGCACACUCAGAAGUGCGCAGAUUGUGCUUGGAGUUACCAAAGCUGGCGCCGCUGCUAUAUCUGGAUAGCAAUGAAGUGGGUGCAACAGAGGAGAAGGAGAUUCUUGAGCUUUGGAGGGUGCUGAAGGAUGAGCUGUGUCUUCCGCUGAUGAUAUCUUUGUGCCAACUCAACGGGUUGCGCUUGCCGCCGUGCUUGAUGGCAUUGCCAGGUGAUCUGAAGGCUAAAGUAUUGGAGUUUGUUCCUGGGGUUGGUCUUGCAAGGGUUCAGUGCGCAUGCAAGGAAUUGCAGGAUCUUGCAGCAGAUGAUAAUCUUUGGAAGAUGAGGUUAGAAUUGGAGAUGAGUCCUUCUAGCAAGGGUUCUGGAUGGAGCGGAAAUUGGAAGCAAAGGUUUGUGGCAGCUUGGAAGGUGGACAACAGUAGGAGGCAUCACAAGAGACCACCCAGCCCAAGGUUUUCGGGCUAUGGUUGGGGGAUCGGUACACGUAACCCACUUAACUUCCCAGUAAUUGGUGGUGAUUCGGACCGUCUGCCCUUUAUAAAUCACAAUAUCCUUGGGCGUAGUUUUGGAAAUCAGCGGAGGAACAUCUCGCCCAACUGCAAUUUCGAGGGUCAUCGCCAAGGGUUUCCUUGAUUUAAGUUUUCACUAGUAUCUCAAGUAUGCAAUGCAUAGGCUGCCUUGUACAUGUUUAUAAGUUGCACGCCAGUGCUCUUAUCCUUGUGAACUUUUUUGUCUGUAUCUUAGAUCCGUCUUGUCGUUUUCCUGUUAUUCCUUGCUAUGACACCAAAGUACUUCUGCUCUGAUCUAGCCAACGCCAUGAUCGAUUAUGUAAUAAAUAGUUUGGACUUAUGGUACCAGUUUGGACUUAUGGUACCGAGAGCUUAACUUUGCUCUCUAUACAUGUUUCGGUAUCA